AUGCGCCCGCACCCGCUCGGGGUCCUCCCCGAGGGGAACCGGUACCUGGUCUCCUCCUCCGACGCGUCGCGAAGCGACGACGCGCGUCGCCGCGGUCUCGGCGCGCUCGCGACGCUCCCGGACGCGCUCGUGCUGCGUUGCCUCGGCGGCGAUUGCGACGACGGCGAAUCGCACGGCGUCGGCGGCGAGGCGCUCGCCGCGUUCGCGCGCUGCUCGCGCGCGUGCCGCGCGUUCGCCGCGCACGAGGACCUGUGGAAGCAGUGCGUGCUUCGGAAGCACGGCGGCGAUUUCGCGUUCGCGGGGCGGUCGUGGCGCGAGACGUACGCCGCGGCGGCGGGCGGCGUCGUCGUCGAAUCAUCUCGCGACGACGACGACGACGACGACGACGACGACGCCGCCGCCGCCUCCGAUGCCGAAGUCGCCCGCGCCGCCCCCUCCUCCGCCCGCGCCGAUCGCCCGCCGCUGUUCAGCGACGCGCUGUACUUCCGUCACGUCUCCGCGCGCUUCCCCAUCGACGAGCGCUGGAUAUCGAGGGACACGAUCCCUCGACGCGCGAGGGGAGCGCUCUCGCCGGAGGCGUUCGCGCGCGAUUUCGAAGCGCGUAACGCGCCGGUAAUAAUCGCCGGCCUCUGCGCGGACUGGCCCGCGGUGAGAGACGCGCGAUGGAGCCGCGAGGCGAUGUCGAGUGAUAAGCGCUGGGCGGACGCGAAGUUCACCGUGGGCGGGUACGAGAUGCGUCUGAGGGACUUUUGGCGGUACGUCGACGGGUCGAGAGACGACCUCCCGAUGUAUCUGUUCGAUAAGCGAUUCGCGGAGAAGGCGCCCGGGUUGGCGAAAGAUUACGCGCCGCCGCCGCACUUCUCCGACGAUUUGUUCGCGCUCCUGGGCGAGGACGGUCGGCCGGACUACCGGUGGCUCAUCGCCGGCGGCGCUCGAAGCGGAAGCGGCUUCCACGUCGAUCCGAACGGCACGUCCGCGUGGAACGCCGUCGUCUCUGGCAGAAAAAAAUGGAUCAUGUUUAACCCGGACGUCUUACCCCCCGGGGUGCACCCGAGCGAGGACGGGACCACCGUGACGCAGCCGGUGACGAUCAUCGAGUGGUACAUGAACUUCUACGACCACGUGUACGAGGACGAGGGCGACGGCGAGAGCGAAGACAGCGACGACGACAGCGACGACGACGACGACGACGACCAAAAGGAAACGGCGAAGAAACGGAGGAAAGUGUCGUCGCCGCCGUCGUCGCGGAAGAACAGCUACCACGGCAAGGUGUUCGAGGGGAUUUGCGAUCCCGGGGACGUCCUGUUUGUUCCGUCCGGGUGGUGGCACUGCGCGUUGAACUUGGAAGAGACCGUCGCGGUGACGCAAAACUUUUGCUCUCCGCGGACGCUCCCUCGGGUGUUGCGUUUUCUCGACCGCGCGAAGGCGCGUCCCGUACACUGGUCCCCAUACGACCGCGUUCGCGUGGCGCACGCCGUUCCGUGA